AUGAAGUUCUGGACAUCUGAACAUGUUUUUGAUCAUCCAUGGGAUACCGUGGCUCGUGCAGCAUGGCGAAAGUAUCCGAAUCCCAUGAAUUGUGCUAUCACUGGAAUUGAUAUUCUUAGCCAAUUUUUGCAUAUAAAUGGUUCAUUACGCUCUGAACGCAUCAUUCAAAGUCGUUUCUCAAUACCCACGUGGGUGACGACGCUGACAGGGUUUUCUGGAACACAGUAUUCUUAUGAAGUAACCGAAAUUAAUCCGACCAAGAAGGAAAUGACUUUAGUUACAAGAAAUAUGAAUGCAGGGCGCUUCUUACGUGUUGAUGAGCGAUUAAUUUAUAAACCAGAUCCUCUUGAUGAAAAAAGGACAAUAUUACAGCAAGAAGCUGUUGUUAAUGUUGAUUUGCCUGCAUUUGCAGGCUAUUGUGAAAAAACGUUCCUUAAUAUAUAUGAGACUAAUGCUAGAAUGGGUCGGAAAGGAUUGGAAUGGGUUAUUGAUCAGUUCAAUAGCUCGUCGAAGUCAGGUUCAAGUAUUGAGAAGUCAUUAUCGCCUGGGUUUCCGGACCCAACGUUUGUCCUUAGUUCAUUACAUCCUUCUACAUAA